AUGGGUGGCAACAACAACGGCCAAUCCAGCCCCACCAAUGGCCAGGUUCCGGCGGCCCUUGGGCGUCAAUUCAAUCGUCCAGCCCGUCCGACUGGUCUUGUUGCCAAAAUGGUGGUACGUCGAGUAAAUAUUGAUUUAUUUUGUUUUUUUUCUAAGGGAUCCGAUUUCAGUUCCAAUUCCAUGUCUGACGUCUCUUUGACCCAUCCGCUGGUCUUGCUGUACGGGUUCGGGACAGCCAGCGUGGUUAUCACCGGGUACGCGUUCUACUCGCGCAAUCUCAAACGAAUCAACCUCGCAACAGAUAUACCCAAUUACUGGUUUCGCAGAAGAUACAUGUUUGGCAAGGUCACGUCUGUCGGGGACGGAGACAACUUCCAUUUUUUCCACAUGCCGGGCGGCCGUCUUGCUGGCUGGGGAUGGCUGCGGCAAGUUCCCGAGAUCAACACGUUCCGCAAGCUGAAAAAUAGAACCGUCAGUGUCCGUUUGUGCGGAGUAGAUGCCCCAGAAAGAGCACAUUUCGGCAAACCAGCCCAGCCGUUCAGCGAAGAUGCGCUGCAGUGGCUCCGUGAUUACAUCCUCGGCCGCACGCUGUACGUGAAGCCGCUGAGUCUGGACCAGUACCACCGGGUCGUUUCCAAAGUGAUGGUUCUCAAAUGGAACGGAUUUAGAGACGUGAGCGAGGAAAUGAUCAAACACGGGAUCGGGACCGUGUACGAGGCCAAGCAUGGAACCGAGUUCGACGGGAAAGAACCGUUGUACCGGGCGUGGGAGAAGUACGCCAAGCGUGAAAAGCUGGGGCUCUGGAAAGACAAAAAUAAGAAAGGUUUUGUCAGCCCGAGACAGUACAAGGACAUGCACAAAACCAAACAGGUUGGCGAGCAUCAUCAUCCAGAUGUUGAUAAUGGCCCCGAAAGCACACAGAUGUCUGAACCACCACUCGUGCUCGUACGGUUUCGCAAACUGGGUGGCUAUCAUUUCUGGGAGCAAGAACAGCACCACGAGCCAGCCCCAGAUCAGCAGUCGGAGCUCGAUAUCGUGCCAAACGGCGACAAACGUGAACACCGCCAGAGAAGCAAGAAUCCGGCUCUGCGAGCCUCCAAGUGGCACGUACACGUAUCUGACGACCCACUUAUUGUACGAGCGGUGCCAGGCACGCCAGAACUGCACCGUGGAGUAGUUGUUGUCCAUGCAUCUAAUCAUAUUUUCCGGGGUGUCGAUGCCGUCGCACAGGGCCCAGAAUCGAAACAGUCUCCAUGGAAUCAGCAGCUUGAGCCAAAUAAUAUUCAGAUUGAACAGACCAAUCAUCGAGAUCUGGAAUGGCGUGUCUCCGUCCCAGGCUUUGGCCUUGGAAACAGCAACAACAUAGAUAUAGUGGAGAAUGAACUCCAUCAGUAG